GUUAAAGAUUGUGACAAAAAAGGGUUCUCCUGUAUCGGAGCUAAAUAUUUUAAAUAUUUCGAGAAGUCCAGUUGAUCUCGACAAUUUGUUCUCUGAUACUCAUACACCUCUCAAUUGAAGCAAGCAAGCAUUUGUCAACUGUUGCAUUCAAUUCAUCUCAACUGAAGUGUCCUUUUCUCUGAGAGCUGCGAGCGUGCGACAACAUCUCAUCUCACACCAACUGAAGCUAUUCACAACUCACACUCACAAUGUCUCUCACAUUCCGCCCCGCAACACCACAAGAUGUCACCCCCCUCCGCGCCCUCAUAAUGUCAGCCUACCGCGGCCCCGACUCCCGCGCAGGCUGGACAACAGAAGCAGACCUCCUCGCCGACGAGCGCAUAUCCCCCACAGAUCUCCUCGCCAAGAUCACCGAUCCCAACGGCGCAGUCAUUCUCGCCUUCACAAGCUCCCCCUCAUCAUCUGGAGCAUCAACACCAGAAGGCGACAGCGAUCCCCGUCUCGUCGGAUGCUGCGAAGUUGUGCAGAAAGACUCUGAGCGCGCUUACUUUGGCCUCUUUGCGGUGUCGCCGAAGCUUCAGGCUGGUGGUAUUGGAAAGCAGGUGCUUGCAUAUGCGGAGAAUUACGCGGUUAGGAAUUGGGGAACAAAGAUCAUGACGAUGUGGGUUAUUUGGACGAGGAAGGAGUUGAUUGAGUGGUAUAUUAGAAGGGGAUAUGUUAAGACCGGGGAGAAGAGUCCGUUUCCGUAUGAGGGGCUUGUUAAUGGUAAGGCGUUGAGGGAUGAUUUGUACUUUGAUCAUCUAGAGAAGGUGUUGGCAUAGACAGAUAUUGGAGAAUCAUAGACUAGAACAGCGAAGAGGGAGGGAGAAUUAGACUAAUGAGACAUGCGAUUCACACAGGCAUCACAAUCAUAGAGAAAAGAGUUGCCAAACAAAUCGUCAAUCAUAGGCUACUCUGUCACGACGCUAUAUACAUUCAAAUGCCCUUAUAUGAUCAUUCCACCUUUUUCUUUGGG